AUGACCUCGAGAAAUGCAUCUACAAUAACUACUUCUUCAUCAUCAAUCAAGUUAAAUCCAGGAUGUCCUAAAUUAAAAAGGAAAUUGGAAAAUUUAUCUCCUAUUCCAUUUAUUGACUUGACAACAGAUGUAGAAAAUAUGCAUGAAGUCAUUAUUGAAAACCAAAUAAUUGGUAUUUCCAAAGAAUAUUUGGAUCAUGGUGAUCAAAUUGUGGUAUGUCAAACAUGUCAUGCAAAAUUAUGGAAAAAUGAAUCCAUUAGAGUAAAAGAAAGAGGAAACACAGAUUAUUCAUUAUGUGGGGAAAAACAUCAAUCUACAUCAAUCGAUAAUGAUAUUACUGAAGAUUUGAAGUUGAUGUUAGAUUCAAAUAAUGUCUUGGUUAGCUCUUAUAGGAUGGUAAGAGAUACUUUUAAAAAAUAUCCUCAAGUUGAUAUGAAGUUAAAAAUCAUCGGCAGAAGAGAUCGAGAUGGAAGGACAUAUAACCUACCAACUGCUUCUGAGGUUGCCGCUUUAAUUAUAGGUGACAUUUCUGAUUCAGUUGAAAAUAGAGAUAUCGUUGUUGAAACUAAGUCGGGAUUUCUACAACGUAUCAGUGAAUUGCAUCCUUCUUACCUUCCUCUCCAAUAUCCGCUACUAUUUCCAUAUGGAGAUGAUGGUUACAGCGUUGAUAUUCUUCAUAGAGGUGUUACAUCUACAACAAACAGCAAGCAUGCAAAAUGUACAAUGAGAGAAUUUUUCUCUUUUAGAAUUCAAGACAGGGAUCAUUCGUUCUCACUUAUUCUUAAUUCAAAAAGGUUGUUUCAACAAUUUUUGGUAGAUGCUUAUACCAUGAUUGAAAGUGAGAGAUUGUAUUACAUACGUAGGCAACAACAUGUUCUUAGAUGCGAGUCUUAUGAGAAUUUACGUAACCAAAAAUCUCAAGGAACUACAGAUAUCUCCAACGUCGGCCAACGUGUGAUAUUACAUUCAUCUUUUACUGGUGGUGCGCGCUAUAUGUUGCCGAACUAUUUGGAUGCCAUGUCGUUAUGUAAAUGGUUUGGAUAUCCUGAUUUCUUCAUAACCUUUACGUGUAAUCCCAAAUGGACAGAGGUUAAGAGGUUUCUUAAAGAUACUUCACUUCAACCAGAAGACAGACCUAAAUAUACUAUGUAG